AUGGCCCAGCAGAUGACAAUACAGCUACUGCUCCUUCUAGUGGGGGUUGCUGCGGUAGUGGGGACCCGGGACAGGACUCAUCGAGCCAGGACUGAACUUCUCAACGUCUGUAUGGAUGCCAAGCACCACAAGGAAAAGCCGGGGCCUGAGGACAAUUUGCACCGUCAGUGCAGUCCCUGGAAGAAGAAUGCCUGCUGCUCCGUCAACACCAGCCAGGAAGCCCACAAAGAUAAUUCCUACCUGUAUAACUUCAACUGGGACCACUGUGGAAUGAUGCAGCCCAUCUGCAAACAGCAUUUCAUUCAGGACACCUGCCUCUAUGAGUGCUCUCCUAACUUGGGGCCCUGGAUCCAGCAGGUGGACCAGAGCUGGCGAAAAGAGCGGGUCCUGAAUGUUCCCCUGUGCAAAGAAGACUGUGAGCACUGGUGGGAGGAUUGUCGAACCUCCUAUACCUGCAAGAGCAACUGGCACAAGGGCUGGAACUGGACCUCAGGGACUAACCAUUGUCCAGUGAAAACUACCUGCCGCCCCUUCCAUAUCGUCUUCCCCACACCUGCUGCUCUGUGCAAUGAAAUCUGGAGUCACUCUUAUGAAGUUAGCAACUACAGCCGAGGGAGUGGCCGUUGCAUCCAAAUGUGGUUUGACCCAAACCAGGACAACCCCAAUGAGAAGGUGGCAAGGUUCUAUGCUGCAGCCAUGAGUGGGGCUGGGCUCCAUGGAGCCUGGGCUUCCCUGUUCAGCCUGACCCUCAUGCUCCUCCUGCUACUCUGCUGACCUCUCUUUACCCUCUGAGAGCUGGACAUCCCUGUCCUGCUUGGCCCCACAGCUCUAGCUACUCACUUCCUGCUCCAUGGUGGUACCUCUAACAGCCAGUUUAAAUAAACUAGACACUCCA